GAGGCGGCUUUGGCCCGGAUGUCCGGGCGCUGCGGCCGGGUCGGCUGAUCCACGAACCUCUCCAAGGAAACCUACAAGCUGCCGAUGGAUGUUACUAUACUGGCAUUUGUUUUUAAAAAGCUGUCGAUAUUCAACCAGCAUGCCUUGGACUUUAUUGUGGGAAGACCCUGUUAUUUAAAAACGGCUCAACUGAAAUAUAUGGAGAAUGUGGGGUGUGUCCAAGAGGACAGAGAACAAAUGCACAGAAAUAUUGUCAGCCUUGCACAGAGUCUCCAGAACUUUAUGAUUGGCUCUAUCUUGGAUUUAUGGCUAUGCUUCCUCUUGUUUUACAUUGGUUCUUCAUUGAAUGGUACUCAGGGAAAAAGAGUUCCAGUGCCCUUUUCCAACACAUCACUGCAUUAUUUGAAUGCACUAUGGCAGCUAUCAUCACCUUACUUGUGAGCGAUCCAGUCGGUGUGCUUUAUAUCCGUUCAUGUCGAGUGUUGAUGCUUUCUGAUUGGUACACCAUGCUUUACAAUCCAAGUCCAGAUUAUGUUACCACAGUGCACUGUACUCAUGAAGCUGUCUACCCACUAUACACCAUUGUAUUUAUCUAUUAUGCAUUCUGCUUGGUAUUAAUGAUGCUGCUCCGACCUCUUCUGGUAAAGAAGAUUGCCUGCGGGUUAGGGAAAUCUGAUCGAUUUAAAAGUAUUUAUGCUGCACUUUACUUCUUCCCAAUUUUAACCGUGCUUCAGGCAGUUGGUGGAGGCCUUUUAUACUAUGCCUUCCCAUACAUUAUAUUAGUAUUAUCUUUGGUUACUCUGGCUGUGUACAUGUCGGCUUCCGAAAUAGAGAACUGCUAUGAUCUUCUGGUCAGAAAGAAAAGACUCAUUGUUCUCUUCAGCCACUGGUUACUUCAUGCCUAUGGAAUAAUCUCCAUUUCCAGAGUGGAUAAACUCGAGCAAGAUUUACCCCUUUUGGCACUGGUACCCACACCAGCCCUUUUUUACUUGUUCACCGCAAAAUUUACCGAACCUUCACGGAUACUCUCAGAAGGAGCCAAUGGACACUGAAUGCAAAAUUCCAAAAAAACCUAAGAAGUGUUCUUAAUAAAAAGAAGUAAAGAAAUAAAAAAAUGUAUUAGUACUCUUCUGUCACACAUGGGAAUAUGAUUGUCAGUACACCUAAUGUUAUGGGGGGUUUGUUGUUUGUUUUCUUUUUUUGACUUAACAGAUUUUGUGGUUUGAUGGAAAAUACAAAAUACCAUAAUUCUCCAUUACAUAGUAUAACACACCAUACACUUAGAGCACACGGUUAUAUUACACUAGAAGCCUAUUAGGAAGCACUUGCCUCUUGCAACAAUUUAGCUAUUCUUUUGUGCAAAAUCAUGUUUCUGUGUACCUAGCAAUGUGUUGUUCCCAUUUUUAUUAAGAAAAACUGUAAGAAGUAUAAUCUGAAAUCCUUAGCAUUGGCAUAAUUGUGCAUGCCUGUUGUGUUUCAGUUUGUUUUUCAAGUAUACUGAAUUAUAAAGUCAAAUGUAUUUGUGGGGUCUGAUAGCAAACAUGGAAAUCAAGUAUGUUGUUUUUUGUUAUCUAUUUAUUUUCACCAAUACAGUAUUUUGAUCUCUUACAAAAAUAGAGCAUAAUUUAUAUAACAGGUCUUUUGUUUUAGGUAGUUUGGUUGAAGACAUCUUCAGGUUAUUCCUGUUCCUGUAAAGAAAAAUGAUAAUAAAACGCUUAACUACAAAAAAAUCUCAAAUAUCUGGCAUUUAAUUGUAUUUGCCACACUAAUUGUGGAAAUAAUUCAAAAUGUUAAGUAGUAAGAUUAGUGUCUCUUUCCCAAAUGAAUAAAUAUACUUCCUUCCCCCAUAUCUCAUUUUUGAGGAUAUGUGCAUGUGCCAUAUUUUAUGAAUCCUGAGACAUAAUUUUUGUCAUAUUGUGAUAUCUCAAUUGAUGGCUUCUUAGAUUUAACAAAAUACAGAAUAUAUACAGUAUAUAAAGUUUUCCUGUGGUUGGUUGUUAAUACUUGUGCUGUGAUUUUUAUGCUCUGAAGUCUUCAGGAGACAUUAUUGGGAGCAAAAUAAGAUUUUUGCACUUAAUAAUCUGACCCUCUUUAUCCAUUUGUAUUUUUAGAAGGUUAUUUCCCUUUUCUGCUCAUUGGUGAGGGUUGCAUGAGUUUGUUAAAUCUCAAACUUUUAAGGCUUCCAUUGACAGUUGCAAAAUAUAAAAGAAAAUGCACUCACUUUUUCUGUAGUUUUGUACCUUUUAAAUUCACAGCAGUUAUAUCCUUUAUUUUGUUAGUUUUUCUUCGUUGAUGUUUUUUUCAUAGUACAUUCAACCACUGGGAGAUGGAUUCUUUUGAUGGGACUCUGUUUCUUCUUAUUUUCUGUAGAAAUAAAUAAAAUGUAAAAAUUCUAUAUGUAUCUUAUAUAGGUUUAUGUAGUUACAAUUUUAAAUUGCCCCAAGAAUCCUCAACUGGACGACUGUAUAAUGGGUGGGGGCGUGGGGGGGGGAUGGUGCUGAGGGAUCAUGCAUCUGAUUACCAGGACUAUCUUUUUGUUGCAGUACAUUUGGAGUCAUUUUAAUAAUUAUUUUCCCCUCCAGUGUCCUCUUCUAGCAGAAAAAUGUGUAUGCAAAAGGAGAAAUCGUGCAAGUAAUAUGAUUACAAGGCCUCAAAUGCAAGGAAUUUCAGGAAUACUUCAUACAUAUUUGCAUUUUUAAUUUGCUUCCUUAAGAACAAGACUAGAACAAUUCAUAGCAACUGUGGUUGCUAAUGUUACUAAAUAAUUUGUUAAAAUGGUCAUUAAAAAUAUA